AUGUCUCCAAUGGAUCACAACGCGGGGUCCCCCUUGUUCAUUGCCCAGGAGACGCUUUGCUUCUAUCCAAUCAGUACAAUAUACAACUCAUGUCCACGAUAUCUCUUCUAUGCACUUCUGCUGGCAACAUGUGUCACUCGAUGGACAGGAUGGGUCAUGAAUGUAUUCCUAGGCACUGCAGCGGCAUAUGCAGGAACCGCGGAAAUCCAAGCCUUCAUCAUGGUUUCCAGUUACCAAAAGCCCCAGGACCCUGGGCCAGUCACUAUUCCGUACCUGUACGCUAACUCCAGCCUGCGAAAAGAAUUUCCUUCUUUGGUCACCGAAACGGGCCAUGUUAUGGUCUCGCCCGCGUCGCUUGAACUUGAUGCAGAUGCUGUUCUUGCCAUCGUUGUUACUGGGUAUCUCGUGUUUCUGCCCCUUCAAUGCUGGUCCCGUAUUCUAACCUACGAUCGAGCACGGAACCUUCUCUUUUAUCUCUGGCACUCCCUCAUGCUAGCUGGCUCUAUCUGUGCACUCGUCUAUGCUGCAAAAGUACCCAAAAUACCACCACAGUAUAUGUUUUGCUUUCCUGAUCUCGUGCCGUUCAGCGAAACAUCAAGUGAUGGCUGGCAAGCCUCAUGGAGAACAUCCACGUGGAAUAACAGUGUGUGGGAUACAUUUUCAAACACAUCGAGAUGGAAUCAAAUAGGAGAUAUCUGUUUCAACCCCUGCUUUAAUUCAACCCAGAUUCUACGGAAAUCAGAUUCAUUGCAUUCAUCCACUGCAGACGGAGACUUCAAAGUUGCUACCUCGCAUAGCUUCUUGAAAAAAGUUCUUUACUCGCAUCGAUACAUAUACAGUCUCAUCAGUCUCUGUCUGAUCCUCAACUGCCUUCUCUUGACGUACCGAUUCCUACCUUACCGAUCGCGGAUCCCGUCGGCGCAGAUCAUGGUCAUCUGGAAACAACGGAAGACAAUUUGGAUAGGGUUCAAAGACGAAGUUUGUGAGGCCAUGAAGCCAUCAAGAAAUCGAGAUGAGAACGAGGAAGACCAGAGAUCGACACACAAGAGAGCCUCUCUCCGGCUUUGCAUGCGACAUAUACUCAGCUGUCGGUUUCUCAAGUCAUUUCUCCAUGUGCUUGUUGACGUUGCGAUUCUUUUUGGGAUAGUGUUCAGCAUAAUAGUCAGUCCGUUCACUACAGUUGCAUUUGUCGUUUGGAUAGAGAUCCAAAUCUACAACGACGGGCCUUCAGAGGAGACUCCGAGCCAGGUUGGUCAGUGGGCAUACCUCACAUCUCUAGCACUGCUUUUGAUUUCGGCUGCGAUUUUGAAGCUCAAAUAUCGACUUGCCUCAUCAGUUGAGUUGGAACGUGAGAUUACUGCAUUAAAAGAACACUUGGUGGACUUGGAGAGAAUGAAGCAGGCACGAUCGGCAUCUGAGUCGAUUGAACUCUCGCCUGUAACAGGCCAGAGCAAGUCAAGCUAG